GCCGCUCGGCCAGGCAACGUCUGCUACAGCAACGAACAUUGCCGCCUGUGGACGGCCGAUAGCCACUGCGACUUCCUCAUUCCGAAUCUGUUCGGCAGAUGUCAGUGCAACGCGCCGUUCAAGCAGCUCGGGGAUUCCUGCGUGAGGUCCGCCUUCCCAGCGAAGCCUACGGCAAUGGUGGCGACCACCGUACGGGAAGCAGAGACUACAUCUGGACCAGAAAGUAGUACAACAACUUCAACUACAACUACUGUGUUUCCAAUUGUCACUGCUGCACCCACGACUGCAACACAGACCCGUUCGAAGUCGACUACUGAAAUUGAGAGCAACGACAUCGAUUCAAAUGCUGUUGUACCUGAAACUAUCAAACCUUCGGUAUUCUUGAGAACAACUGGCAAGAGCAAGACUACUAAAAAGGUACCCCCUACUGUGACAACUACAACGCUUCUACCUCUGGCAGAAAGCACUCCAACUUCUUCCAUGGACUCCACCACAAGAUUUGCUUUAGCAAGCAGAUCGACUACAAUGGAACCUUCUUCCACCAUACCGCCUGAAAUUAUAGUUCCUUCCGUGACAACAACUUUACCACCUACAACCACAGGUAUUAGAACCAGAGUGGAAACCGGAGAUGAAGCAGUCAGUCUAGGUUUACCUUGUGUAACAGAUAUGCAGUGCAGAAUGGCAGAUCCUUCUUCUCGCUGCCUAGAAGGUGUUUGCGAUUGUGCUGUCAGAACGAACGAGACAAAAUCAUGUUCGGCAAGAAAUCGAGGAUGCAUACCAGGAACAUUCCAGUGCCGAAGUUCAGGGACAUGCAUCAGUUGGUUUUUCGUCUGUGAUGGAAGAAAAGAUUGUAGCGACGGUUCAGAUGAGGACUGUAAGCCGAACAAAUGUCCUGGAGAAGCUUUCAGGUGUAAAUCAUCAGGGAAAUGUGUCUCACGAGCAUCCAGAUGUGACGGUUCUAAAGACUGUCCUCUCGGUGAAGACGAAGAUAAUUGUCAAGCCAGUGGUAGGAGAGGUUGCCCUCCCAAUACUUUCCAGUGUCGAGAUGGAAAAUGUCUACCAGAAUAUGAGUUUUGUAAUGCUAUCAUAGGAUGUAGGGAUGGAAGUGAUGAGCCACCCCAUAUUUGCAAAGGUAGAGCUAGAAGGAGAAGGACCGAGUAUUGUCCACUUCGGUGUGGAAACGGAAGGUGCAGGUCCAGUGCCAUAGCCUGUUCUGGUAGGGAUGGUUGUGGAGAUGGUACUGAUGAAAACCACUGCUCAGUCUGUCGGUGUCCUGUGGUUCAAGGCCGAAAUUUAUAG